AUGCGAUUCAAAUCCGUCCGGAAAUCGUGGUACGCAUUGAUUCAACACAACUGGGAUUUCGCCAGAACCCAUUACGCUAAUUCCCAAACCCGGCCGGAAUCCUCCUCUCAUCUCCUGUUUUCUGUUGAUUCCAUCCACGAGGCCAUCUUUCCGGCGUCAAAUCCUGUUGUUGAUGGUGAUGGAGUGGUUUUCUCCACUCAGCUUCCUACCCACCACUUUCAGGACCAUAAAAAUUAUGGGUUUCCUGUUACAAAUAUUGUCAACGGCCUCAUCUGUGUAUUGCCCUGGUACAGAUUUCGUCUUGAACUGCUGAAUCUCACCACUAUGGAAAAGAGAGCUCUCCCCAGGAAGUCGUACAGCCCAGGUAGUAUUUUUUCGCCCUGUUACCUGGGAUUUGAUCCAGUGAGUAACCAUUACAAAGUACUGUUGUUCUGUAUUCGUAAAAGAAAGUUUUUCGUCAUCACUCUAAUCAAGAGCAGCACCGAUGAUACCAUGCCUCCUACUUGGAGGGAAGUUGCCAGUUCACCUCGGUUUGGUAUUACUGAGUUCAAUCCUCUUGCAAUGUUGAAUUCAAAUGUAUAUACUGUUGUUUAUGCCGAUGGUGCAAUAUACUGGACUAAGAAGAGGGAUAACGAAUGGGCUGACGAGGAGGAACUGAAAUUCUUCUCCCCCGGUGGUGAAAGGGUUCUGCAAUACUUUGACUUUGCAGACGAACUGUUUAAGUUGCUCAAGCUUCCGAAACAUGCUCCAGAGUUCGAUUCUGAGAUUAUGACAGAGGUUGGAGGCAAUUUCACUUGGGCUGGAUGGGUCAAGGAUCAUGAUGAUGGUGUUUAUGGUGAAAUAACAUUGUGGAUGUUGACAAACAAGCGUGAUGAUACCUGGGUAAAGUCCAUAAUUGAGCUGCCAAAACAUCAUUUCUGCCGAGAGCUCAGCAUUGUUGGCACAGGGGGUGAGAAGAUCCUGAUAACAUCAUCCAUAUCAAGGAGGAAAAAUCCAUGGAGAUAUUUGGAAGUUGAUUCUAGGGAUGAUGAAGCUGAUGUUCUGAUUUUUUGUGAUUUGGGAGAAAAGGACAAUGAGAAGAAGAAGUAUGAAAUUAAGCAAUUGAGGGGACUCAAGGCCGGGACUAAGAAGAAGAUACCUAAAUUCCUGCUUGACAAGGUGCAAAGUGUUGACAUCAGUUACUAUGUUGAAAAUAUCCUUCCUCUGAGUCUUCUUCUCCCAGAACUACCCAAUGACGAGUCAUCACUCAAGGAUUUGUGGGACAAUUUGUACAUUUGA